AUGCGGGAGCGCAGGGAUGCCGAGCAGCACGGAUGCAGCUGCCAGGAUGCCGGGAUGAGAGGAUGCAGGGAUGCGGGGAUACCGAGCAGCACCGGGAGGCAGAGACGGGAGGAUGCGGAGAUACCGAGCAGCACCGGGAGGCAGAGACGGGAGGAUGCGGGGAUACCGAGCAGCACCGGGAGGCAGAGACGGGAGGAUGCCGGGCUGCCGGGAAGAGGGAGCGCCGCGCUGCAGGGAGAGAGGAAGGUGGGGAUGCGGGGCCGGGGCUGCGGAGCACCGGGACCCUCCCAGGCAGCAUCACCGGCUCCGCCGCGCUCCCGCCUGACUCGGCCGUGCCACCCCCCGGCUCGGCGCCGCCACUGCACCCCCCCCCCCACCGCCCCCCGCCCCCCCGGGGCUGCGGGACAUCCCCCCCCGGUGCUCUGGGAAUCCGGGAGCCCCCGACCCCACUCCCCGCAGCGGCAGGACCCGGCCCCGCGGCAGAAUCAGGGAGGGGGAACCUCGGCCGCUCCUCGGGAGCGCCCGGAACACCCCCCCGGUGCCGCGCCCCCCAUCCCGUCCCGGAGCCCGGGGAGAGCUCGCAGCCCCGAACCCACCGGGGCUGGUUGUGCCCCUGCCAGCAGCCGGAGCCGGGAACCACCCCCGGAGCGGGGGUCGCGAACGGGCGGGGGGCGCGGGCGCUGCCCGGAGCUGCCGCACGGUGACGCCGUCGCCCACCGGAUGGGAACGGGGGGUCGGGGGAAAAUGGGGAGCUGUCCCCAGCUGGGACAGGUCCCCAAGGCGCAGAUCCGGCUGCUGGCAGCUGGAAUUGUCCCAUUCUCUGCCGGCUUGCCAUCGACGUUCCGGAUGAAGCACAAGAUGGAGGGACAUUAUCCAAACACGGCCAAAAGGCCCUUCCUGGGUGGAAAAUGGGAUGGCGAGGCUGAAGCGAGAUCCCGGUGGGAGAGGGUGAGAGAGGCAGAAGUGCUGGAGGCCGCCGGGAAGCUGCUGGAGCCCAAGACUUGGAUGUCCCCAGGGAUGUUUUUGGCUCCAUCCCCAGCACCGAUUCCUCCUCUGGGGUCAGCCCCUGAUGCUGUGGGAGCUCCACCGGUGCUGCUGCAGCCCUGCCUGGCCAUGGAUCACCAGGAUUUUGGGAAGAGCAUCCCUGUGGGACCCCUUCCAGUCUCCCCUCACCCAGGACAGCCCAAGGGACCCUGUGCCAGGUCUGUGGCACUGAUCCCACAGGAUUCACCAUUCCUGCUGCACUGGAUGCUGUCGCCGCUCCAGGGGCUGGGUGGGGACCCCACUCCUCGUGUCCCAUCCCAAACAGGACCCCAGCAAGUGAGGAGCACUCUGAGCCACCCCGGGGCUGCUCAGCACCCCAGCCAGGAGCACCCAUACUUCGAGGCCUCAUCUCAGGUGGUACCUGAGAACCACCUUGUGCCACCUCCUCUGGACUUUGACUUCUCCAGCUGCUCCAUCCUCAUCCCAGUGACCUCAAGGAGCCAACCCGGAGCCCACCCAGCAUUUCCCCUCUCCAGAGGAGUCUCAGGAAAUGCAGAAUUGAGCGCCAAAAGCCACCCAGAGCGUGGCUGUGAGGUGCACACGGACCUGGGGGUGGUGGGGGGGUCACCUCAUCCCGACCCCGGGCAGCCCCGGCACGUCCCGGCUCCCGCUCCGAAUCCAUUCCCAUCCCCGCCGCACGAGGCUCCAUCUGUAUUUUAUUCCUCUCGCCUCUCCGCAGCCCCUGCCCGGGGUGGCAUUUUUGAGGUCCAGAAACCUCCAGCAGCAGCCAGGUCUGGCCGUGGGCAGCACCGUGCGGGCAGCCCCAGGCUGGCACCCGGCUCGGCUCGGCCGGGCGAGGAGCUCGUUGUGGAUUCACGGCACUCCCCGGCACAAAUGGGUUUAAACUACCUUAAGUGUUUCAGCAGGGAACUGGCGCUGGCGGUGUAA